CCCACUUGGACCAGGCAGACAACCUACGUCGAACUUUUCUACAGCUCCAGUGAUGUCCGAUGUUCUCCAAUCCAGGCACCGUUGAGCGUGAAAGAGUGGGAGUGCGUUCAGUGUGAAAUCUUGUGCAGAAGUUUACAGCAAAGAGAGAGCAUGCGUUCAGUCAUCACUGUGAAAGUUUCCAUAUCACAUUUAAGAGCUAUGUUUGGGAUUAAUUUUAAGACGUCGUCGUUUAUUUAGUUUGCCAGCCAGUGCUUCAAUGGCGUCUCCUUCCCGGCGAUUCUUGGGGUCUCUUUCGCGCUUUACCAAAACCAGGUUUGAUUUCCCCUACACAUCGUCGUUGAUUUCGUUAUCUCCGUUUUCAACCCUGGAGAUUGCAUCUCCGUAUGACAAACCACCGGGGAACGAAACCCUGAGCGAUACGAAAGUCGAAGAACGUUUCAUUCUCGAUGAACUGUCCGAGUUGUUACCAAUCUCGCGUAGCUACUCUGUUUCUGAGAACUAUCCAGAGAAAAAGGUAGGAAAUUUUAGGGCAGUCGAUGGUUUUCUGUUGCCAGAAGAAAAAUUGCGGGGAGUUUUCCUUCAGAAAUUGAGGGGAAAUUCUGCCAUCGAACAUGCUUUAACGAAUGUUGGUGUCGAUUUAACUCUGGAUAUCGUUGCUAAAGUAGUGGAUAGAUGGAAUUUAGGUGGUGAGGCAAUGGUUACCUUCUUUAAUUGGGCAAUGAAGCAGCCAACGAUGACUAAGGAUAUUAGUAGUUACAAUGUGAUUAUUAAAGCUCUAGGAAGAAGGAAAUUCUUUGAGUUUAUGGAGGGGAUUUUACAUGAUUUGAAGAAAGAAGAAGGGGUAAGUCCUAAUUUGGAGACGUUUUCUAUUGUAAUGGACAGUUUAAUCCGGGCUCGUCGAGUGUAUAAAUCCAUUGAAAUGUUUGGGAACUCGGAAGAGUUUGGGUUCAAAUUUGAUACUGAAUCUUUGAAUGUGCUUUUGCAUUGUCUUUGUCGUCGAUCACAUGUGGGUUUGGCGAAUUCUUUCAUGAAUAAAAUGAAAGGGAAGAUGCCAUUUAAUUGUUCAACCUACAAUAUCAUCCUUGGUGGGUGGGCGUGUUACGGUAGAGUUAGUGAAAUGGAGAGGAAUUUGAAAGAGAUGUUAGAGGAUGGAUUCAAUUCCAACUGUUCAACUUUUCGUUGCCUUGUUGAGGGUCUAGGAAGAGCUGGUAGAAUAGAAGAUGCUGUUGAAGUUUUUGAUAGCAUGAAGGGGAAAGGUUGUGAACCUGACACUAGUGUCUACAAUGCAAUGAUUUAUAAUUUUGUCUCGAUUGGAGAUUUUGAUGGAUGUAUGAAAUUUUAUAAGUGUCUGUUGAGUAGCACCUAUGACCCAGAUAUAGAUACUUACACAAAACUGAUUACCGGUCUUCUUGGCUGGAGGAAAGUUGCUGAUGCUCUUGAGAUUUUUGAUGAGAUGCUAGGUCGAGGUAUUGUCCCUAGAACAGGGACUAUAACCCUUUUUAUCAAACCUUUGUGUUCUUUUGGUCCACCACAUGCAGCUAUGAUUUUCUACAAGAAAGCUAGAAAAGUUGGCUGUAAGAUUUCUUUGACUGCUUAUAAGCUAUUGCUCAUGCGGCUUGCAAGAUUUGGCAAAUGUGGAAUGAUGUUGAAUAUAUGGGAAGAGAUGCAAGAAAGUGGUCAUUUUACUGAUAUGGAAGUUUAUGAGCAUGUCAUAAAUGGACUUUGCAAUGAGGGGCAGCUUGAAAAUGCGGUACUUGUUAUGGAGGAGGCAUUGCGAAGUGAUUUCUGCCCAAGUAGGCUCAUAUGUAGCAAACUCAAUAACAAGCUAGUAGCUUCAAAUAAAGUAGAGAGGGCUUAUGGCCUAUUUUUGAAAAUUAAAGAGGCUCGUCGCAGGGAAACUGCUAAGAAAUUUUGGCGUCGUAAUGGCUGGCAUUUUUGAAUCAUCAUGGGUAUUAGCAGCAACAGCAAAUAAUUUUGCAUUCCUGCCCGUUUUUCUUGAUAACAAGCUAAGGGUGAAUGGGUGACAAAUCUUGAAGGUAAUUAAAGCUUGCGUAGGUGAUUUGUUUUCCUGUGGAGAUGAUCCGUUUGGCUUCACUUUGAGUACUUUUAGCUAUUAGCCCUAAUAAUUUUAAUUUUUUAAAAAAAUCUCUUUUUUUUUAAAAAAAUAAAUAAAUAAUUGUACUAGCAUGGUGGUUGCAUCUGAAGCAGUGACUAGACAUACCUGAAACAUAAUUAAAGCUCCAUCCUUUGUUCUUACCCUCGUUCUGUCAACAAGAUCGGCUUGUUGGAGUACAUUUCUUAAACCUCGUUUGGUUAGGAUGACAGAUACUUUCUUUGACUGGCUGGUAGAGGUGAGUGCCUGCUAAAAAGGCUUAUUUCAGAAUGGAAACACGGCUAGUUUUUAAUAGAAGGAUUCCUCUUGAAGAUUUUCUUUUAUUAGGAAUUAUGGUGUAAAACUUCUAGUUCCUCCAGGAGAAGGGAAGGACUAAUGCCGCAGAGUUCAAUCCUUCUGUUCCCACUCUGUGUUUUCUCAUGAAGGGGCUACUGAAAGCUGCCAGACUGACAAUAAAAUACUCGACUUCUUAGUUUCAUGAAAUGCACAUGGCGAUCGAGUUUGGUGGUUUGGAAGAGCGCGGCAAGACAUUUAUCAGUUUGAUGCAUACUUAGGCGGCAGAUUUGGAUGGGUACAGAAGGAUUGGUGGAGCUAAAGCCGUUACUUUCUUUUAAGGAUCUGUUUUGACCUAACAAGUCAUUCUCAGGUUUCUUUCUCUUUUUACAAUUUUUGUGUAGCGAGAGCUAUGGAAUCUGAAUGAUGGGUGUUAUCUAGUUUUCUCUUAUUGAUAACAACUGAAAUUCCAACUACUUAAAAGAUCCUGGGAUUAAGAACAAUUGGAGGUGAAUCUGCUUGUAGUUCAAAGAUAACCGAUUGUUAGUGGAAUGUUUGGAUUUAAGAUAACCGAUUCUAGGAAGUCUUUGUUAAAGCAGUAGGGGUAAAACCCUGUUGAAGAUGCAUGCACUAGGGAAUUAUGGUUCUCAAUUUGGCUAAUUUUAUGGAGCUAAAAUCAGGCUGAUGUGUGAAUAGAACAAAACAAUGUUUUCUUUGUCCCCAACACAGCCUUCUAUGUUUCUGGACUCUAUCACCAAUCAUUUCCUUUGUCCUCAAAGAUUGUGUUGGUUCUGCAGCAGCUAUAGCUACAAGCCAUCAAUUAAUCGCUGCAAUUCCUUGCUUUUAUAGUCACCACUGGGCUGGGUAACAUACCCACCGAUACAAGUUACAUGACAGCGAAUGGAUAUGCCUUCAGGUAUCUUGUUAUUUGAAAACUGAGUUUUGAUCGAUUGACUCUACAUCCUGUAUCAAUAAAGCUACUGUUUUCUUUGUUGAGAAAGAUGUGCUUUGAAAUCGCCCGACGAAACUGCAAAAAUGUCUUGCACAUCUUUUGCCCCUCCUGCAGGCUGCAGUUCCCUUGGAAACAUUCUUACUCUAGACCAUGGAAACUGGUGAAUCAAAUGCUCAACUGCUUAACAAGUAAGUUUGCACCCAGAUGAAAUAUUCAGUGGUUGCUCAGUACCGCAUCAUCUCCUUGUGUCGACAACACUCUGUCGUGAUUUUCUUGACUGGGAUUAAAGCAACCCAUGUCGAGUAUUCCGUGGAACAUGCGAACGUGGUGCUAAGCAACUACUGAAUAGGAGAAUCCUGUCUUAGAUUAAAGCGUCACAUAUCGAGCAUUCAGUGGAGCAAUAGUUCCACACUUCCUCUUGUUAGCAGCUCCUAUGACAUGGGCCUUGCCCAAUCAGUUGGAAUGCAUGAAAGGCAAUAAAAGCUCGCAAAGAACAAUUCUUGAACAU